AUGAUAAUCUAUGCUCUUAAUAAAAAAUAUAUCUCUAAAUGUAUUUCAGUUGACCCUGCUGUGCCCUCCUGUAAUUUUGGGGAAUACAGACCACAGUUUCUAAAUCCAUCUCCUCCCCAUGGCAUCUAUGUAAAUGCAUCAGUUGGACAUGAAUUCCAAAUCCCUCUCAGAGCAGCAGCAACAAGGGACAGAAUAUAUGAUAUCAAGAUAAGUGGACCCCUUAAUAUAACAAAAACAUUAAAAAACUACAAUAACAGCAGAGGAGUCAUCGAUGUAAUGAUCACGUGGACCCCAACUGAAAAUGACUUUGGCGAACACAUUCCCAUAUGUUUCAUAGCAGAAACAGCAAGUGGGUACCAGUCUAAAAUGAGAUGCAUUAUUGUAGUUGUUGUUAAUGAAAGUGAAGCUGAUAUCGAAUGCACUGACACAACAAUGACUCUGUACAUUUCCAAGUCUUCGGUAAGAGGACUUCAUGAAAAUCAUUUACGUUUAAAUGAUCCAACGUGUUCAGUGACAUCUAAUGGCUCUCAUAUUAUUGCAAGUGUGUCUCUGAACUCCUGUGGAACAAAACUGGAGGAAACUGAACAUGAUCUCAUUUUCAGAAAUGAAAUUACAUCAUUUGAAAAUCCUCAUGACAUCAUAACCAGAAAGCAUCAGAUCGAGAUACCAUUUAUUUGCAAAUUCCCCAAAAAGAGUCGACUCUCAGCCUCCUUCAAAGCACACAAGAGUGCUUAUCUGUUCACAGAAGCCGGUUUUGGCAGUUUCACCUAUUUGUUUGAGUUCUAUGACAGCAGUGCUUUCAGCAGAAUGAUCAACCCAAACAGUUAUCCCAUAGAGGUGCAGCUACAGGACAUGAUAUACAUGGACAUCCAAGUACAGACAUCCCUUUCAACCACACAGCUGUUUGUGGAGUCCUGCAGAGCAACGUCAAAUGAUAACCCCAGUGAUCCCAUCUACUAUGAUAUCAUUAGCAAUGGGUGCAUUGAAGAUGAAACCACCGUUGUCUAUUUAAACAACCAGACAGAUUUCAGAUUUGGAUUGGAGGCCUUUAAUUUCAUUGGGAACUAUGAACAGGUGUACAUCAGCUGCACAGUCAUCCUGUGUGUAGCAGGGGAUCCCAGCAAUAGGUGUGCUCAGGGCUGCACCAAUGGUACCUCUAUUGGACAUCACCAUCGCAAGAGAUCACUGGCUUCACAGAGCCAGAGACACUUCAUAUCCCAGGGGCCUCUGCGUUUUGCAAGGAGCUCUUCAGGCAGCCCAGGCUCCAAUCUGAAUUUGAACUUGAACAUCCUGGUUGUAGCUGUUGCUUUCAUUGCUGCCAUUUUCCUGGUUUGUGGAGUUCUGAUCUACAAAGCGAAAAUGGCCAACAUUGUCAAAUAUGAAACCGUUCCUUCUGCUGACUUCUAAAAUCAGAAAGAAAAACAAAACAGAUAUUUUAGUGAUCUCCUGAAUCACCAUGGGACAUUUUACAUUUACAGCCUAAUAGCUAAUAGGGUUACUCCAC